GGAGUGUAUUAACCGGAAUUAAAUCAACUAAACUAUUGUAUAGACCAAAGCGUGUUUUUAAUAUUUUUUGUUUCUUUGAUAUUCAUGUACAGUGUAUGUACUGUACUAUCUCGAAACAUAAAAGCCCAUGCUAUCUUGAUAAGAAGCCCAUGGGAUUCUUUUCGAGGCUACUUUUGCAAACUGAAAAGAGGGCUUUAAUUUGAGAGGGGCUUCUUCUCGAGAUUAAGCCCAUUGGGGUUUUAUUCGAGGUUUUACGGUAUCAUACAAAUCAUAUACAGUACCAGUUCAGUAUCAUAUAUCAGUACAGUAUCAGUAUAUUCCAGUACGGUACAGUAUCAGUAUCAUACAGUAUGCAUACAUAUCAUUAUUAUUAAUGUUUCAUGACAUGUUAUAAUUUGUAUCAUUCAACAAAGGGUUGAAGAUUAGUGCUUCGAAAUUCUUUAUAUUCUUAUUGAAUAUGUUGGUGACGACAAUGACAGGCUGUGCUUUGGUGUUUUGUGUUGGCUCGGGUGUUGAGAUAUUUGGUAUUGCCGUGCUUAUUGUCGCAAUGUGUCUUAUAUCUAUGGCGAUCUUCGCUGGACUUUUCGUCAAUAUAUCGUCACUGCCAUCUUGGCUACAGUGGUUGCAGUACCUGAGUUUAUUUCGAUAUAGUCUUAACACGUUGACAAUAAAUGAGUUGACAGGGCUCAUAUUUUGUGAUUCUGUUUCUAACAGCUCUUCACCAGAAAACUGUAUGACAGGCGAACAAUACAUGGACAAGCAAGGCAUUGACUACAGCACUUGGGGUCUAUGGCAGAAUCAGAUGGCUCUUGGUAUCAUGGCUCUCAGCCUGAUGACGUUAGCGUACAUUCAACUACGUAUAGUUCCAAGAUACAAAUAACCAAUGGUGUAACUACAGAAAAUUAUGUUUCGGAUUUGUAUUAUAUAUGUAAUUCAUUACUAACACUGGCUCCUAAAAUAGCUAUAGGCCUACAGUACAUCUAUGGCAUAUCAUGUAUGUUCUUUCAAAUAAGCGCUUUUUAAUAUAGUCAGAUGUAUGUAAUUUAAAUGAACAAACACGAAAGAUAUUGACCACUCAAAAAGAAAAAAAUAGAAGGCAAUGGUGGCGACAUAAAGUGGGAAAACGAAGUUCCUGGCCGGUGGUGGAAGGGUGUUCCCGACGGGAAAGUAUAUUGUCGGGACCACGCCGGCCGACUUAUAUACGCCGGUAGACUUAUAAUAUAUCGUGCGUUUUUGACGAACGUGAAGUCACAGCUUAUUGAUUUAUAACUUUAUUUAUUCUCCAAUUUGCAAAAUUGACAGCAUUAUAUAAAUAAACAAAACAUAUAAACACACAGUA